CACAAACGUGUGCUGACAGCGGCGCGCGUGUGUGUGAUGCGCUACAGACUCCCUCUGCUGUCCUGCUGGAAUCUUCAGCAAACACGGAAGAAGCGGGACAACAGAGCGGUGAACGCCAAAUAAUGGCAUGGAUACCACAAUUGUAGAUAUGAACGACAAUCCAGAUCCACUGAGGCCAGUCCUGUGCACUCUGUUUCAGCAGUGAUGUGAGGUGGGCUUACAGCGCUCUAUAGCGCGGCUCUAUUUCUACGGGAUCAGCAAAUACUCUCUGUAUAGGUAUGCGGUAUCAAGUGUUAGGGUUAUUUUUAUACUUCUGUCAGUUCUGCAGGUUUUAGUGCGGAAGGAAGUAUAUAUGACAGAGCAGAAUUGAUACUGAAUCAUUUUGACCUGAAAGUCCUGCGCAUAGACGCGUUUUGGAUAGGAGUUUGAUCACACGGGCAUCUCAAAGGCUGACUGAACUUUCAGCGUCUAAAACGAUGGCAAGAUUGUUGUCCUGAUAGGAUGUGGACUGUCCUUCUGGAUGUGGCCUUCAAAUGUGAAUUCUGGGAUUUGUAUAUAAAAAGACACUGAGCCAAUGAAGAAUUUUCCACAAGAAAGGAACAAAAAGCAUCCUGACUUUGUCCAGCUGGAUUGAUUUCAAAUGCUAAGUGCGUUGUGAUUUUUGUCUCUCCUUCACGUGUACAGUCCAUUUAUUCUUUUCACCAUUCCUUUCUCCAUUCACCCUGCUGCAAGGUCUGUCUCUCUGUUGUGCGGGAGGACGCGGUGGAUCCGAAAUGUCUGCCAAGGCUCCCAUAUACCUUAAACGACGAAGCCGUAAAGGAAAGAAGGAAAAGCUGCGUGACAUUCUUUCAUCUGACAUGAUCAGUCCUCCGCUGGGAGACUUCAGACACACCAUCCACAUCGGCAGUGGCGGGGGCGCAGAGGAUCUUUUCGGUGACCUGUCUUUCCUACAAGGUAAAUUUCACCUGCUACCAGGGCAACAAGAUCACCAGGGGUCAUUCCAACUAAGCCGCACAGCGAGUGUAAGGAGUCACCCGCCAGCCUGUGAGAGCUCGCCGCUUUUAAAAAAUGCCCUGUCUCUUCCUAUCAUUGGAGGGGUGCAAGCGCUCACCCUUCCGGCUCCAACAUCUGUGACUUCAGCAGCAACGGUGACCACUGAGGUCCCAGCAACACUGACGACAACCCAAUCACCGCCAACAUUUCCAUCUCUCGCUCCACCUCCUAAACCUCCCAGACUGCACCUGGAAGAGAGUAGCGUGUCACGGCAUAUGUCACUUCCUGCAUCUCCAAACCGCUCUCCACUCCAUUUGCACACCUACGGACCAAGUCCAGAUUCUGAGGAAAAAGAGAAGUGUGUGAAAGAUGGAGAUGGGGAGGAAAAGCAGUAUCUGUCCAACGCAGGCUCUAUGCUUUCCCUCCAUCUGGACUUGGGGCCAUCGAUUCUAGAGGAUGUGCUUCAAAUCAUGGACAGCCAGAGAACAGGGACGUUCAGUGGGGCACUUACACCCAGUGGACGACAAGAGAUAUAUACCUGAACGUGAACGAGAAAUCCGAGUCAAAGCUUGAUGGUACAUAUGUGGACUAAUCAUAUUUUUCUUCAUGUAUAAAAAGAGUUUACCCUCUAAAACAACUCAUUUAUCUGCUGUACAAUUGCGUUUCUUGGAUAUUUUGAAUUUUUAUGCACAUCAUAUAUAGAGUUUUUGUACAGGAUUGGAACAAAAUACGAAAUGAAUCUGUUCUAUCAUUGGAUUUCUGUGUUCAAAUGGAUUGAAUGAGUUUUUCUUCAUUUUGGACUACAAGCACUAAACCAAUUCUGGCUACUCCUAGAUACAUUUAGAAACAUCUGAAAGCAUUUAAGCAAGUACAUUUAACACUACCUGCAGUGUAUAUGUACUAUUACAGAGCAACAUCCUACAGGCCUACUGGAUUCACUACAGGAAAAGAACAAACUGACAUUUUUCUCUUUCAAAGCAGCAAUGACAUCAUCUCCCCCCCUCUGUGUUGUUGCAAUUUGUGUAAUCGGGUAAAAAUGUGCAGCUCCUCCCUAAUGAUCUGGACACACACACAUGCCAGGAGGCCUCUGCAUCCACACCAUGGAACUGUAACUUUCUUUUUUUGUUGGGAGUAGUUUUCAUUGUUCCAAAACAGAAACCCGAAGGCUGUUUUUGCACGGAGCAGGAAUAUGCAAUGUGUUCCCUUUAGUUUUUAGUGUGUUUGGUUGUUGUUGAGGUGUCUACAAUCCCUCAGGCUUUGACAGAUGAUCACUUUUCUUAGGCAGCAGUGGUUUUUUGUUUCCCUGACUGAGUGAUGGGGCCUUAAAGAAGGGCUUGUUUUACCCUGGUAUUCCCAAUGUAACUCACCACACAUGGGUUAAUAAUACCUUGUGCUUCCUGUUCACAGAUCUAGACCUAUUAGUAUUAGCAUUAUUUUGUCAGAUUAUAAAUUCAAAUUGUUUUUGAAUAACUGUUUUUAUUAGUUUACCACAAAGUGCAUCAAACUGUCAACAGGUAGGGCUUAAAAGAGCAUACCGUAACACAGUCAUAUUGCAAUCAAUUUUAUACCUUCACACUGUAAAAGCAAUAACAAAAUCUACUGUAUUCACUUAAACUCAUCAGUUCUCAUAUUUUAAAAAAUCUGAAACAUUCUCAGUUUCAGUUUUUUCCUCUUCUCAAAAGCUUUGUUCUAAGCAGCAAGUGUUUCUGAGUAUUUGGUGGUUGUUUCUUUAAGAUUCUUUGUUCCUUAUUUAUUUUUUCUUUGUUGUUAGUAGUAAACUGUCUUACAGUUUUAUCCUUACAUUGUGAGUUUCAUUCUAAAGCUGAAUGUAUAGACAGAAUCAAAGUUCUGUGCACUUAAAUUUAUUUUUUAAAAAACACUACCAGUCAAAAGUUUUUGAACAGAAAGUAUUUUAAUGUUUUUUAAAGAAGUUUCUUCUGCUCACCAAGCCUGCAUUUAUUUGAUUUAAAGUACUGCAAAAACAGUAAAAUUUUUAAAUAUUUUUACUAUUUAAAUAACUGCUUUCUGUUGGAAUAUAUUUUAAAACGUAAUUUAUUCCUGUGAUUUCAUAGCUGAAUUUUAGCAUCAUUACUGCAGUCACAUGAUCCUACAGAAAUCAUGCUAAUAUUCUGAUUUGCUGCUCAAAAAACAUUUAUUAUUAUUAUUAUUAUGUUAAGAACAGCUGAUUAGAAUUUUUUCAGGUUUCUUUGAUGAACAGAAAGUUCAUAAGAACAGCAUUUAUCUGAAAUAGAAAUUGUUUACAAAUAACAUUAUAAAUGUCUUUAUUAUCACUUUUGAUGAAUAUAAAGCAUCCAUGCUAAAUAAAAGUAUUCAUUUCUAUAAUGAUGCUGAAAAUUUAGCUUUGAUUACUCUGAUAAAUUACAUUUUAAAAUAUAUUCAAAUAGAAAACAAUUAUUUUAAAUAGUAAACAUUUCAAAAUUUUAGUGUUUUGCUGUACUUUGGUUCAAAUAAAUGCAGGCUUGGUGAGCAGAAGAGAAUUCUUAAAAAUAAAAUAAAAUAAAAUAAAAAACAAAUAUAUUACUGUUUAAAAAACGUUUGACUGGUAAUGUACAUCUGAUCUAAAAGCAGAUUAAAUGCAUAAAUAGAACAAAUCCUAUGAUAUACCCUUUCAUUUGGCCAAGUACUUAUUAAGGACUAAUUUUAUUACGCUAAACAUUAUAACACUGAACAGUGACCUAAAUGUUAGACAUAGAAUAAAUAGAUUUUAUCACUAAUCAUAACUCUUAGUGUUUCUUUUGAAUUUUCCUAGACUACAUUAACCAGAAACUUGUGACCUAAACAGUUCUCAUAGCUGCUUUACUGCUCAAAUGAUUUGAAAGAGACAAAAGAUAAUGUUGAAUAUGAAAUAUCUUCACUUUUUUAAUUAUUAUUAGUUUAGGACAACAUAUAUAGCUCAUUUAAACAGUUGUAUUUAAGGGUGAUCAGGGUUACUGAGGAUCUUUUUAUUUUACAUCACUGAAGCACAAUUACAACAAUAAAACAAAAAGCAAUAAAAGUACAAUACCGUUUAAAAGGUAACGCCAACAAGCAAUUGGGUAAAUAUAGAUGGGUAAGUGUAAGUAUAAGUAUGCAUUGCUAAAAACCACACAUGCGUUAAUAAGCAUCACUGAAAUACUUUUCUGCUCCACCACAGCAAAAUACUGUGAUUAUUCAUGUUUUGUUUUUGUUUUUUUAAUAUUAAUGCUAUUUUCAGUUUGUGAAAAAUACAGACUUGGAUUAUUACUGGAUUUUGGAUUCAACUGAAAAUGUGAUGUUUUUACAUUAUUGAGAUGACUUACUUCACAAAUACAUUACAUUCCUGACAAAGAUGUUUUACAAUAAAAAUGCAUCAUGUUUUUAGACUAAAGGGGAAGCAGCUGCAUCUCUGUGAGGAGUAUUAUAACAUUUGCUGCCUUAUCAAUAAAAGUAAAUCAUUAAUGGCUAUGACUACACGUUAACCCUGUGUCAUGUGCCUCUAUAGCACUAGUUCAGAUCUGCACCUGACACAUUUUUGCCCAUGUGUUGGGUUUUAUUUUGUCAGAUUCUGUACUGGAUGUUAAGUGAAUAUUUGUUGCUGCUGCUGCUGUACACACUACAACAGACUUACAGGAUAAGACAUAGAGACAGAAACUGAAUAAAUGGUGAAUAAAUGCUGAUUUCUGAUCCGACAAUCUCUCAGUGACAUCUCUCUCUCUUUCUUUUAUUCGCUCAUAUAGGUAAAAAUAAAGGCGGUCAAACAUUGCAUGUUUUAUGUGGGUUUUAUGUGAUACAAACAGAUUUGUACUGACUUACCUUGCCCUGUUUUAAUGCAAAAGAAUUCUCUA